GGGAAUAGAAAAGGAGACCGAAGUAGGCAGGCGCAUUUUUUCAGUUCCCCAUCCCUCUAUUGGGCCAAGCGAUGGAUUAAUCCGGAAGGGGAAAGGGGGCGGGGCUUGCCUAAAAGCAGCGCCAGGCGCCUGGGCCGAGGAGGAGGCGAGUGGCCCUUCAGUCGCGCUCUCUCUCUCUGUGUCGAGUGUCAGCCAUUUCGUGAAGCAACAGCAGCGGCGUUUUCAAACAGCGGGCAGCCUUUGAAGGACGGGGCGCCAGCGUCGGGGCACUAUGAACGAAGAGCAGUUUGUUAACAUUGACUUGGAUGAUGAUAAUGUUUGCAGCAUAUGCAAAUUAGGAACAGAAAGAGAGACUCUCUCAUUCUGCCACAUUUGUUUUCAGUUAAACAUUGAAGGAAUACCAAAGUCUGAUCUUUUGCAUACGAGAUCAUUAAGAGGACACAGAGACUGCUUUGAGAAAUUCCACUUAAUAGCAAAGCAGAGUUGUCCACAGUCAAAACUCUCCAAGAGUAAAUACGCAGAAGUGAAAAACAUCUUUAGCAAAAAAAUUAACUGGAUAAUACAGUAUGCACAAAACAAAGAUUUGGAUUUGGAUUCUGAAGGUUCGAAACAAACACAGCACCGACUUUUUAGCUUUAGACAUCAGAGAGAGAGAAAGCUACUUCCACAGUCUGAUUCCCAGGUUCCUAAAUAUUCUGCAAAGUGGGUAGAUGGAAACACUGGGAGUAUUUCAAACUGCUCACAAAAUAUUCUAGAACCAAGGGAGUCCAGUGAUUUCAGACUAGAUGUGCUGCAACAGACAGGUGGCACAUUUUGUUGUAGUGAUACAUUGUGGCCUAAUUGUAACCAGUCAUCAGAGUUGGGAAAAACUAAAAAAGAUUUGGAUACCUGUGCCCAAAGAAGACAUCCCCAAUAUAGCAAAGAACAGUUGAGCAUGAUGACUCUAAGAGAGGUAGAGCAGCUGAAUGAAAUACUACUCAAGCAAGUCCAGGAUGUGUUUGAAGAACUGAUUGACCAAGUAAAGGAAAAGGACUCCUUGGCUUCACAACUCAAUGUCCGUCACAUUGCUAUUGAGCAGCUGUUAAAGAAUUGUUCAAAAUUGCCAUGUCUGCAGAUGGGACGGGCGGGAACGAAAUCGAAUAUAUCUAUAUAGAUACAGCCAGACUUGCAUUUCCAGCAUCAUGGAUCUAUGUCAUACAGUUGCACAUUGAAGCAGUAUUUUGGAAAACUUGUAUGUAUUACAAGAUGCAGAGGUAGUUGCAUACAGUGUUACAUACAGUAUUUUUUAAAGAAGAAAAAGCAUUUGGGGGACUACUUUUGACUCUGGAAGUCACCUUUCCCCAUAAUUAUCAGUGUUCUUUGCAGUCACCGAUGAUAAGUGUUUCAGUAUGGCUUAACAAAAAAACAAAACAAAACAAAAAAGAUUUCUGACUGACUGUAAAUAAUCAUGGCGAUUCAAGUGGAAUGCAGAUUUAGAUAUCAAGAAAUGAUGGUGCAACCAGUAUUCAUGAAAUCUACAUUUUUUAUUUAUUGCCAGCAAUAUUUUAUUACUGAAAUUUUUAUAAAAGAAAACUAUUUUAGGUACUUUUCCACAUCUCUUUAUAAAGGUUUUGAAUAAUUAUGAGUAACAUUUUGCCUUGUGUAAUGAUUGUUUACCCUUUUUUCAGGUCAAUGUACUUAUAUUUCAUGAUGGAAAUUGUUUUUUUAAAAAAACUUGUUUCCCAAAGACACAAUCUCAGUGGCUGUAAUACAUUACUUUCUGUUUUCAGCAAUGUAGAAUUUAUUGGGCAUGGAUUGUAUCUUAAUAGAAGAAAUCUAAGCACACCACUCUUUUUUGGAAUGACAGUUCAUGUUACGUUGAUAUAUGCAGAGCUGGAGUUCAGUUUUGUAAGUGAAUUUCUAAUGCUUAAUAAAAAGUAUAUGGCUUCAAAGGAAUAAACCUAUAAUACCUCAUGAAAAUAAUUGCCUUUUUCAUCCUUUUUGUUUCUUGUUAUAACUCUUUGCACAUAGAGAUUCCUGCAUAUAGAUAUUUGUAUGCAAAGAAAAUAAAGGAGCUGGAAGGAACUCAUGUCUUACAUAUUUCAUUACCAGUAGUUACUAAAUUAUGGCUUGCUCUGAAGAGGCUGUCUAUUCGGUGAACAUUAACAUCAAAAAGUCAUUGGGCUAUGGGUUUGCUCCCCUCCUGCUGAGCAUUACUACUUUGGAAGGUUACAGUUGUACAUAUGUUUUGAUUUCACCCAUGGCAUGGACAUUUCCACGAUAAAGGUGCACUGUGAUUGUAUGUAUGACUCAUACCAUUGAAUGUCUCCAGAAUUUUACUUCCUGUUGUGUAUUGCCAAUCGGCCUUCAUAGUAAACCUCUUGGUCAUAUUUGCAACCAAAGAACUAUUUGGUCAUCUGUAUCUGCCCUGUGGAUCUGUCUUGUGAUACUUGGUGACUCUUUCUUCAUAAAACAAAUCAAAUCUAGAAUAAAGAAAGCUCUACAACUGUGUGUACCAUGGCCUUCUAUUGUAAGAAGAAUCAAAAUAGCCAUGUGGCAACUUCAAGUCUGUAGAAUGAAGGAUCUGUUAUAUGGAGACGGAAGCAUUAUGUUAUCUUGCCUUUUAAAUGCUUUGUGAGUACAGGUAAAGUGAUCCUUUUAUCAUUAUGCAGCGACGUGUGUUUUGAAUAAAAUAUAAAGAAAAGUGAGUCUCAUAUGUGCAAAAACAAAGGCCUGUUUUAAGUACAUAAUCUUGUUGGAUCAACUGAAUAAAUGUAUGCCACUAUUGAUCUGAU